AUAUCGUGCUUGCUUUCCAUCCGCCUCAAUUGUUAGGGUUUAAGUUGAGCACCUCUACCUCUUCCACAUUUUCUCAUAUUUUGGAUUUCAGUCGCUAUCUCCAUCUCAGAUCUGCAAUGGCUGCAAGCAACGCCCCAUCUGCUCAUGAGAGGGAACAGAUUAUUGGAAUGAUGGAGAAGGAGAUGGAGUACAGGGUUGAUAUGUUUAACAAGCUUACACACACGUGUUUCAGCAAGUGCAUCGAGAACAAGUACAAGGAAGCUGAGUUAAACAUGGGGGAAAACAGCUGCAUUGACCGCUGUGUUUCGAAAUAUUGGCAGGUGACUAACUUAGUUGGCCAACUGCUAGGCAACAGUCGACCUCCAAUGUAGAGGAGAUACUUUAUCUUUCGGUCAGUUGACUCGAGAUGAGCAUACAAGGAUUUUGUUGUAUUUGUUGAAAACAUUUGAUCAAUCAAAUAAAACCUGAGUCUGGCAGGUUUAUUUGGCGUUGUGAAGUUGCAUUAGCUGAUUUUUGGUGAUCAGAACCAGUUACUAUGCUAGGCAAUACUUUACAGUGCAGCGAAACCGACUGGCUGGUAAAGAUUCAAUAUGUUUUUCUCAUAUAAUCUCUUAACAUAGUUGGAAGUUUCUUCUCAAACUACCUAUUUGGUGCUCGAGUAAUAUUUGAUUUGAUUGUUUUGCAA